UAAUAGCGAAAAGGCUUCCCACGUUGCAACACUAUCGAAAACCUCCGGUUCCACAAUCGAAACCCUUUUUCGUGUUCUUAGUCGCCACAUUCCUCUGAAAGAGGAGAUGAAAAAGCCGAAUUCCACCUCCGGUUGCGGUUGUGCCGAUGUCUACAACACUGUUUUCAUUGACACCAGCCUCGACACCCACCUGGCGGUGAUCGUAUCCAACUCCGACACCGUUUCUGAUCUUAAAAAAAAGAUAAUGUAUGAGCAUCCGCUGUGUUUUCCCAACAUCGCUAAUAUAAAGAUUAAUUCGUUAAAGGUAGAGUGUCAAGGUAUUUUUUAUCACCUUUCGGAUUCUAUGUUUGUGAAAAGUGCUUUUGUUGGAGUGAGCGAAAAUUGGUUUCUUUUGGUUGAUGUUGCUAAAGAGCAUAGAGAAAAUGACUAUCCCGGGAUUAAAAAUCAUUCGGCUUAUGUGUUUGAUCCUCUAGCUGGUGAUAUGAUCAAAAGAUUGUCCAACAUCAAUGAUGCAUCAUUGCCACAAGAUCGGGACAACUAUUGUGCAAAACAGAAUUCCCCAUCUCAACAGUUUGGGUUUAGCAAUUCCACCAAAGAAAAUUCGGAAGAUUUGCAUAACGAAGUUGAACAUAUGGCUGAUAGUAAUUCUCAGGUUUCUUUCCCUGCUACCAAUAAGGGGCCAAGGCUGAUUGCACAGUUGAAAGAUGUCGGAGAAAACAUAUGUGAAGAUUUACCAGCUUCUGCGGAUGCAUCUAUUUUAAAGGAGAAGCAGAAAACUAAAAAGAUAAAAAAGGAUAAUUUGAAAGAAAAUGAUGCUAUAGUUGUUGAAUCUGGGAAAGAUGCAUUGGAUUCAGGUAAUGUACUCGAGGAAAAUUCGUUUAAAGAUGGACCAAGUUCGGUUUUGAAUGAUGCGAACAUGGGUAACCAAAUUAGUAAUAUUGAAUCUGUGAAACAAAACCAUUUUUCACCAGCCGAUGCAAGUGGUGGGAAGAAGAUAAGGAAAAGGCAAAAAUUGAAUCCUAGUCAAGCAGGUAGUGAAGUCUCUUCUGCAAAAGAUGUUCAUCAUGUUCAUUUGGACACUUUUCAGGCCGUUGAAGCCAAAGACAAAGAUUCAGACAACAUAGCUGAUCUAGAUUCUUUUAUUGGAAAACGUUCUAUGGGUGGAGUAAUAUCCGAACCUUGUCCGAUUUCUCCAAUGGAAAUGCAAGAAGUUAGUGAAACAAAUAGAGUGCCCCACUCCGAGGGUGACAAUGAAAUGGAUGAUACUAAUGAUGGCAACUUGGAAAGUAAAAAUGAAGCACCCCAACCGGUUAUUGCAUCAGUAAUAAAGACGAGAAAUUAUCAGAAUUCCAGUCAUGUGGAUGGCCAUCCUACAUCUGUAUCUCGAGAGGGAAUUAAUUUCCGGAAAGCAUUUGGGGCAUCAGGAGAUGAAAAUCAGAGUGAUACCUUGGAAGAGAAAAUCGUGGAACCCAAGAAGUCUUCCAAGAAAGUAAAGAAGUCCAAGAAGAGUAAGGGUCCCGUUGGAGGAACCGAAGCAGUAGAUGUAGUACGUAAUAGAGGUCCUGCAAGUGAAAUAUCUCCUGCCGAGGAGAGUCCUACUACUGUGAAUAGUGAGCAUUUGAGUGAUAAUGUUGAGCAAGCCGGCAAAAGUGACGGAAAAGAGGAAUCAAAAAUGAAAAAAUCAGACUGUUCUCCUCUGGUUAAUGAUGUUAAAGCUGAUAAAUCGAGGAAGAAAAAUAAGAAGAAAAGUUCUCCUGUGUUGACCCCUCCAGAGUUGCAAGCAAAAGAUGAUGUCGAUCAGCGGGAACCAACGUUCCUGGUUCAUAAUGUGACUGAGGUGAGCACAUCAUCUAAAUCCACAAGGAAGACUGUGAAUGCAGAUUCAAGCUUAGAUGUGCAAUUGAAUGGAAGCGAUUUUGGCUCUAACCGAAAUAAAGUUGAACCACAACAUGAUGGAAGGCCUAUUCAAGAUGAUGCCAGUGUAGAUCACUCUAAAAGCAUUCUUGUAGAUAAUGUUUAUAACAGCAAAGAAGUUCCCGGUGGAAGCAAAAUAGCCAAAAGCCAGCAGAAACAUGGAACUGUUGAUUCUGGUGAGGUAAUCAUUGAUAAGGUCACACAUAAAGCGGGAGUUGAAACUGCGGUGAAAGGAAAAAGGAAGAAGAACCCUAAACCCGAGUUACCAUCUUUGGAGAUGUUAAAUGGGAAUCAACACAAGGAAGCAAAAACACAAGCUACCAAAGCUAGCUCCAGCCAAUCUCAAAUAUCAUUGUCGAAGGUUGAACCAAGUAGCUCCAAUGUUAAACCAAGUAAGCAACUCUUGGCCAUUUCCGAAAGUGCAGCAGAAGAACCUCCGCAAUCUAAGAAAUCUGGAAAAAUCGACGCCACUCCUAAAACUGCUCAAAAGUCCAUUGAGGUCAAUUCGUCAAGAGUGCAUACAGGUUUAAAGAAAAACAACCACCGUGCUGUGUCAAGCUCUGCCUUUGAAAAACCUAAAUGGACCAUUAAUCUAAAAAAGGGAGGUAAUGAGCCACAGUCUCAAUUGGAUGUUGCAAAAGCUACUGGAACUAAUAGCAGGAUUGAUGCAACCAGCUUAGCAAAUAAGAAGAGCUUACUGGCUACUGUGGGUACCAUAUUUAGGCACGAUGAUAAUGAGAGUUCUGAUGAUGAAGAUGGGGUAGGCAACUCGGAUUCCAGCACCAGAGCUCCAUCCAAUAGUUCAUCAUCAUCCGACUACUCAAGCAAUAGUAUAGCGAAGGGUAGUGCAUCACAAAAUGGAUCUUAUGACUCGGAAGGCGAAGAAUCUGGUGGAAGAAAGAAACAAAAACCGGGAUCUUCCAGCCCAAAGAGCAUAUCCUUGCAUGCAAUUCUUCGGAAUUCAAGCAGUUACAAGAAGGCUAAACUAACAGCCUCCCAAGACAUUGAUAGCCAACCUGAAGAAUUUGUUCCAGAUAGUCUGGCACCAUAGUUAACAUGUUUUUUGUUUUUCCAAAUGUUAUUUUUGGUCGUUCAUCCAUUAUGGGCUGCCGUUUUUGUAAUGACAUGUGAGGGAACUGUUGCAACCCCUAUGUUU